UCAUCUCACAAAUCGAACAUAAUAGAUGGAGCUAAAGAGGAUCCAGACUCAGCUGAGUCUCUCCUUCAAGAGACUAAUACCCAUUUAGCAGAGCAGGUUUCGAAAGCAUCCAGUAAGACUAAUAAAGUGAUUGAAG